GUCCAACUUCAACCCUUCACCAAUCAAGUGGGCGGCCAUAAUGCCAUCUUCCGGUUCUCGCGACGAGCUGUGUGCAAGCCUCUGGUGUCGCGAGAGAAUCAGUUCUACGAAGCGGUAGAGCGAGAGUUUCCCAGUCUUCUAAGCUUCAUUCCUCAGUAUCUCGGUGUGCUGAAUACUGACCCGUACCCAGGACGGCAGGAGCAAUUCUUGCUCAUGGAAGACUUGACAGGUCGACUACAGCACCCUUGCGUCCUCGAUCUCAAGAUGGGCACUCGACAAUACGGACUCGAUGCCACUCCAGCAAAGAAAAAGUCUCAGACGAAGAAGUGCGACAAGACGACUUCGCGUACCCACGGGGUGCGGAUCUGUGGCAUGCAGGUCUUCGACUGUACGAAGGACUCGUACCUCUUUCAGGACAAGUACUUUGGCCGUAAAGUUCCACCCGACGAGUUUGCAAGCGCCCUCAGUCGCUUCUUCCACAAUGGGGAGAAGCUCCUGCUGCACCACGUGCCCGUGAUUCUAGAGAAGCUGUACCGGCUUGCACGCAUCAUCCGGCAGCUGAAGGGUUACAGAUUCUACGCUAGCUCGCUUCUCUUCAUCUACGACGGGAAUUGCGAGACGCAGAAGCGCUUGGAUGACGAGUUC